GCCUUAAAGCCUUAGGAAGGAACAAGCUUUUGGAAUUCAUCUGUCUCUUGGCUCAGAGCUUUCACCACCACCUUUAAAGGGGGCAAAAAAGCAACACAACAUGCAGAAAAUAUGGCUUCUUGUGCUUGUAAUUUUCUACCGCGACAUUUGUUCAAACGGGUUUCCUGCAAGACCCAGUUCUGUCAACAUUGGGGCAAUUUUAUCUUUCAAUUCAACCGUUGGCAAAGUUGCAAAAGUUGCAAUUGAUGCGGCAAAGGAUGAUAUAAAUUCCAAUCAAUCAGUUCUUAAUGGAACUAAGCUCAAUAUUUCAUUCCAAGACACUGAAUUAUCCACUGGUUUUCUCGGCAUCAUUGAUUCAUUACUAUUGAUGGAGAAAGACACAGUGGCCAUAAUUGGCCCUCAGUACUCUGUGAUGGCUCAUGUGAUUUCACACAUAGCCAAUGAGCUGCAAGUACCCUUACUAUCAUUUGCAGCAACAGACCCUACCUUGAAUUCUCUUCAAUUCCCAUAUUUUAUUAGGACAAUAGAGAGUGAUCAAUUUCAGAUGGCUGCUGUGGCAGAUAUUGUUGACUACUAUCAGUGGAGAGAUGUGAUAGCAAUCUAUAUCGAUGAUGAUCAUGGAAGAAAUGGGAUAGCUGCAUUAGAGGAUAAGCUAGCUAAGAAACGCUGUAAGAUCUCAUAUAAAGCCCCUCUUAGGCCUAGUAACAUAAAUAACGAAGAGAUAAAUAGUGUAUUAACUAAGGUCAUUAUAAGGGAGUCCAGGGUUAUAGUCCUUCACAUAUACCCUAGUUUUGGCCUAGACGUACUUCAUGUGGCUAAGACACUAAGCAUGAUGGAAAGUGGGUAUGUCUGGUUGGCCACUGAUUGGCUUUCCACAAUACUAGAUACUUAUCCAUAUGAGUCAUCUUCAUGCAUGAAUGACCUCCAAGGUGUUAUUACCUUGAGAAUGUAUACACCUGAUUCUAAAAUGAAAAAAAAUUUCACUUCUAGGUGGAGUAAUUUAAUAAAGGAGAAAGCUCCUAAUCAAAGUCCUUUCAUGUGGAACACUUAUGGCCUAUAUGCCUACGAUACUGUUUGGGUCCUUGCAUCUGCACUUAAUUCAUUUUUCAAUAAUGGAGGAAAUUUAUCAUUUUCAAAUGAUUCAAGUUUGAAUAGACUAAAAGGGGAUAGGUUGGACCUAAAUUCAAUAGGGGUCUUUGCUAAUGGUAGUUUAUUGCUGAACGAAACUAUGAAGGUCAAUAGAACUGGUUUAACAGGUCAAAUGAUGUUUAGUCCAGAUGGUGAGCUUAUGAAUCCUGCAUUUGAGAUCAUUAAUGUGAUUGGUACUGGGGUUAGGAGGAUUGGCUUUUGGUCUAAUUCCUCUAGUUUACAUACUAGACAAGCAUCUAGUCAUUCAAACUCAAGCAAAGGGUUGUAUGGUGUGAUAUGGCCUGGCCAAACAACUGUAACACCUCGUGGUUGGGUUUUUGCCAAUGAUGGAAGGCGGUUAAGAAUUGGAGUGCCUCUCAGAAUUAGUUACAAUGAAUUUGUGUCAAGAAUUGAAGGAUCCAUAAUGUUUGGAGGUUAUUGUGUAGAUGUGUUCACAGCUGCAUUGGACUUAUUGCCUUAUCCAGUUCCAUACAAUUUUGUCCCAUUUGGAGAUGGUAAAACUAAUCCAUUAAAUACAGAACUGCUACACAAAAUCACAACCAGUGAGUUUGAUGCUGUGGUAGGUGACAUUACCAUUACCACAAACAGAACAAAGAUAGUGGAUUUCACACAACCAUAUAUUGAGUCUGGGCUUGUUGUCGUGGCUCCGAUCAAAAAGUCAUACUCCAAUGCUUGGGCUUUCCUUAGACCAUUUACUCCAAUGAUGUGGUUUGUGACUGGAAUGUCUUUCUUUGUUGUGGGAGCUGUUGUGUGGAUUUUAGAACGACGAGUAAAUGAUGAUUUUAGAGGUCCUGCUAGAAGACAAUUUGUGACUAUUAUAUGGUUUAGUUUUUCAACCCUAUUUUUUGCACAUAGAGAAAGAACUCUGAGUACCCUUGGUCGCUUAGUACUGAUAAUAUGGCUUUUCGUAGUCUUGAUACUAAACUCAAGCUACAUAGCAAGCCUGACCUCCAUUCUCACAGUGGAACAACUUUCUUCCCCUGUGAAAGGAAUUGAAAGCUUAGUAACUAGCAAAGAGCUCAUUGGCUAUCUGCGAGGUUCAUUUACAGAGAACUACCUUACUGAUGAGCUUAACAUAAUGAAAUCUAGGCUCGUGCCUCUCAAUUCUCCAUCAGAAUAUGAGAAAGCCUUAAAGGAUGGACCUACCAAUGGUGGUGUUGCAGCAAUCAUCGAUGAACGUGCUUACAUGGAGCUCUUUCUUGCAACCAGGUGUGAAUUUGGAAUCGUCGGCCAAGAGUUCACCAAAAUGGGUUGGGGUUUCGCUUUUCCAAGAGACUCUCCUUUAGCAAUAGACAUGUCAACAGCAAUCUUGAAGCUAUCAGAGAAUGGUGGUCUUCAAAGAAUACAUGACAAAUGGCUUUCAAGAAGUGCAUGUAGUUCUGAAGGUGCAAAGCAAGGCAUAGACAGAUUAGAGCUCAAGAGUUUCUGGGGUCUAUUCCUUCUCUGUGGCAUUGCUUGUUUCAUUGCUCUCCUUUGUUAUGUCAUUCGCAUGGCCUAUCGUUUCAGCCGCCACUCUGAUGGCAACCUCAUUGCUAGCUUGUCACACUCAGCUCGAAUCCGAUCAUUUAUUUCCUUUGUCAAUGAAAAGGAAGAUGAAGGAAAGAAUGGUGCCAAGCCAAAGAGGAGUGGAAAGGUGGCACAUGAAGAUGGGUCAAUGGAUGACUCCAACAUGUGCAGUGUUCAUUAUGAAAAUGAUUCUUCACAAUGCUAAAUGCUAACAAAAGAAUGUGAUCUUAGUGGUCUACUUAAAAUUAAGGGAAAAUUGCUCAAAGAUCCCAUUUACCAAUUUAACUGUGCACAAUGACAAAGUUGAAUUGAUGAAUGGAGGAUCUUUAAGCAAUUUUGUUAUGUCAUGUCACGUAUGUUUCAAAUAAGCAACUAGUGUAAAAUACUAGUAUACAUGAAUGUAUACAUAUACUUUUUUUUGGCUAGGAAUAGAAAUACUUAUCAUUAAAAGAACAGAACGAUCAGUAUAAGCAAGCAGCAAAAAGCAUGAGUGUUAAGAAACAAAAACAUCCUAGACUUUAAAAAGUCUCGAUCCAAGGGAAGAGCCAAUGGAGGUAGGGGUUGAGUAGCCCAAUCUAAAGAGCACACCUCCUUCCCUAUUGCAUGAGAGACCCACUCUGUAGUACAGUUCAAA